GGGCCUGCGGCUGCUAUUUUGGGCUGCAGUCUGUGGCCAACCGGAGCUGGUGGACAGGCCUAGCAGUGACAGGGCAACGGAGGCUGGUGGAGAGUGAGGGGGAAACUGAGCGAGGCCAGAGAGGGCCAGGAGAGACUGGAGAGAAAGGGUCAGGGGAGAGAGGGUAACUGGGCUUUGAGAGGGUCCUGGCAAUGUGGGAGGGCAAAUGGCCGGCCCGGCUCUGGCCGCUCCCGGGACUGUCCACGGCUGCCAGGGUGCUGGGCGCGGCUCUGGUGGUGGGCACCGACCAUCUGGCAAACUUCCUGGGGCACCCGUGGGUGCUGUCGCACUACCACCUCUGGCUGGCCACCCUGGUUGUCUUCGGGCCGCUGCUGCAGUUUCACAUCAGCCCGCGGAUCAUCUUCGCCAACAGGAACAAUUACUUCUACGUCCGCUUCGUGGACUCGGCCUGGGGCUGGACGCUGUUGCUGUCGGCCGGGUUCCUGCUGCCGCUCUCAGUGCUGAGCCGGGAGAGAGGCCGGGCGGCUCCGUCCCCGCGGCCCCUGCUGCGCCUGGGCCUGGCCAGCGGCCUGCAGCUGGUCUGCCUGCGGGUUUUCGGCCUGCUGCGCGACGCCAGUGGCACCUGCCUGGCGCCGGCCGAGGGCGGCCUGCUGCUGCUCCUGCCGGAGGCCGAGGCCGGGGCCUUGGGCCAGGCGGCCUGCCUCUCCCAGCCGGGCCGCCAGUGGCGCGGCUACGCCGUCUCGACGCCCUGCUUCCUGCUGAGCUACAGCUCGCUGGUGCUGGCCGAGGAGCUGGCCCCAUUCCGGGCCUACCUGCGAGCCGGGCGCCCGGCGCCGGCCCCCCUCCGGCUCCUCUUCCUGCUGGCCGCCACCCUGCUAGGCCUGUGGAGCGGCCUGCUCGUCCUCUCCGCCGCCCUCUUCCACCGCUACUCGGAGAAGCUGGCGGGCGCCAGCGCCGCUCAGCUCUGCUGGCGGCUCACCUACCGUCUGUGGUACCCUUGGCUGUGGGGGCCGGGCCCGCCCGGGCAAGGCCUGGGGCUGGAGCUGGACACCAGGCCGAGGAGGGGCUCGGAGGAGAAGUGCCCUGGGAGCUGGGGACAGGAUGAGUGGUGUCCCGGGGUGCGGAGGGUCUCUGGAGACUGGAGUCCGGCAGCCUGGAGUUCAGGAGGGGAGACAGCCCCCUGGUCCUGGGGUCCGGGUGCAGGGAAGGGCCCGGGAGAUAGGGGUCCUGGAGGGGCACGGAUGACAGGGAGCUGGGGGCCGGGGCCGUGGUCCUUGGGCCCAGGGAGGGACAGGGCCCCUGGGGACUGGGAUCCUGGGUCUGAGCGGAUCCCGUGCGCCUGGGUUCCCGGAAGGGAGAGGGUCCUAGAGGACCGUGGUCUCAGAGGGGACUGGGGAGCGGGGCCUGGGCCUGGGCCCGGAUACCGACAGGUGGGCCGCAGGUGCAUCUGUGGGGCGCUGCAGAGCAGGUGGGAUCCGGCCUCAGAGACCAUGUGCUAUCGGGAGUGAGGGGAGGGGAGGAGAGGGAACAGGAUUUUUAACCCCCCCCCUCCCUCGGGAUCGACGAGCUGCCAAACCCUGUGAUACCGCGAGUUGGGGGGGAGAGGAGGCGUGGACCAGCAUCACAGGGCCUUGGACUCUGACACACAGGAGGCUGCAGAACUUGGACGAUGGGGACCCCCGGAUCUUGGCAGCAGACCCUUGUGAGUCGGAUGUGGACACUGGAUCACAGCGGCCCACACAUCAGAACCCAGGGACAUCUGAAAGGCUUUGGCCUCAGACACAACCCCAGAGGCAACUAGAGACUGGACCACAGGGGUCGUCCAACCCAAAGCGAGCCCAGACAUGGGACUGAGAGACCCACAGGAGGCCACAGCCCCAGACGUGGGACGUAGGCACCCACGGAUCUCCAGUGGACCCCAGGGAACGAGUGACCCUAACAUGUACCCGGGGGAGGCUUCAAACUCUGGACACAAGAACCCUGAAACUCAACGAGCAGCCAAGCGAAGUCCCUCCCGAGGACAGAGGGCUCCACCCGUUCCAACACCUCCCUCGCCCAGCUGGAACAGACAAGGAGGUGGACGCGGAGCAAAAACCUGUUCCCCACCUGCCCAACAGAACCGAAGCACGCAAUGUACCGAAAUUAAAGCUGGGAUCG